UUAGAACAGAAUAUCAUUCCCCGGCCCGCUCCAUUCCCAAACCGCAAUAAGAAAAGCCUAAAAAUUAAAAUCGAAAAAAGGGAAAAAUGAAAAUAGCCCUUUUCCCGGUCUUUUUUUCUUUUUGAAAUUCCAUUUUCUAUGCAUUGAAACAAAACCCGCUAAGAAAAGCCUAAAACCCUAACUCCGAUCAGCAACCGAACCUGCUAGCUUCUGCUAGCUCCGAUCCUCGAUCGGCGACGAGAAAAGCGGCGAAGCCAAAGCUUCUGAAUCUCGCGAAAUCUAGGGCAAACGCUUAGCUGAGAGCGAGCGUGGGAGAGAUCGGAGCUCUCGCUGGCAAUGGCGGGAAUUCUAAAGCCGCCGGGAAAUUUCUCAGUGACGCCUCACAAAAUCUCCGUCUGUAUACUUCUCUCAAUCUACGCGCCGCCGGCUCAGAUCUCCGUGCCCUUCCCUUUCUCCUCCGUUGCUCAGCAUAACCGCGUCGGCUUGUUCUUGUUGGCCCUCACUAAGUCCUGUGAUGAUAUUUUUGAGCCAAAAUUGGACGAAUUGAUAAGCCAAUUGAGGGAAAUUGGGGGCUUAUUGAGUCAUUGGUUAACUGAUCAAUUAACAAGCCGGUUGUCAUCUUUAUUGUCACCUGAUGAUUUGUUUAACUUCGUCGGUGAAAUGCGAGCAAUACUUGGGGGUCCUGAGGCUGGUGUUGUUGAAGAUGACCAGGUUAUGUUGGACCCAAAUAGCAACCUAGGGAAGUUUCUCCGCCGAUGUGUACUUGCUUUUAAUCUCUUAUCAUUUGAGGGUGUGUGCCAUCUCUUGACAAAUAUAGGAAGCUAUUGUAAAAUAGCACUCUCAAGUUGUCCUUCUUAUGAUGCACGUCUUUUAGAUGACUCUAGUAAUGAUUUGGAAGUGCUAUCAGAAUAUGACAACAUGGACCUGGAGAAUUUAGUUUUUGAGAAGGUUGAUGAAGAAAUUGAAGCAAGAGAAAGGGCUAGUGAAGGAAAUUCUUUUCAUCUUCAUGUGCCCAAAGCACUUUCUGCUUUGGUCAAAGAUAUUGAGGUUCUAGCUGACCCAAGAUUGAAACGUGUUGACAAGGAUAGAGAAAUUUGUCAGUAUGUGCAUCCGCCAACAAAUGCAUUAAGUAAUAUUGAUGGCAAUGGUGCUUUGUUUCUGCGCACAAACUUGCAGAUACAAGGAUUUCUACAAGAGCAAGCUGAUGCUAUUGAAAGGCACGGAGGCUCUUUCUCUUUAAAUGCUUUUGAAAUUGUUUUGAGGCAGCUUCAAAAAUCAGCACCCAAGCUACACCGUGUUCACUUCUUGCGUUACUUGAAUAGUCUUUAUCAUGAUGAUUAUUUUGCUGCAUUGGAGAAUCUUCAUUGCUAUUUUGAUUAUAGUGCAGGAGUUGAAGGAUUUGACGCCGUUCCUCCUGCAUCUGGUUACAAUAGCUUAGGAAGAUACGAAGUUGCUUUAUUGUGUUUAGGAAUCAUGCAUUUUCAUUACGGGCACCCAAAGCAAGCUUUGGAGGUACUCACCGAAGCAGUUCAUAUUUCUCAACAGCAAAGUAAUGAUGUUUGUCUUGCCUACACUUUAGCCGCUAUCUGCAACUUGUUGUCAGAAAUUGGCAUCUCGAGUACAACUGGGAUACUGGGAUCAUCAUACUCACCUUUGACCAGCAUAGGCAUUUCGCUCUCUGUCCAGCAACAAUUGUUUGUACUUUUGAGAGGCUCUCUAAGGAGAGCAGAAAAUCUGAAGUUAAAACGACUUGUGGCGUCCAAUCAUCUGGCCAUGGCUAGAUUUGACUUGACGCACGUUCAAAGGCCUCUGCUAUCAUUUGGUCCCAAAGCUUCCAUGAAGCUUAGAACCUCACCAAUUAACGUUUGCAAGGAACUUAGAUCAAGUUCUCAAUUGAUUAGUGAAUUUGUCUCUGAAAGUAGCACACUAACAACUGACGGUCAUUUUAGCACUGCAUGGCUUAAAAAUUUACAAAAACCUGUGGGUUCACAAGUACUAUCCCAAGAAAAUGGGUCUGAAAGCAAUCAUAACUCUUUCCAGUUUUGUGCGCAACCAAGUUCAAUUCCUGGAUCCGUGUUGCAAUUAGUGGGUUCAUCGUACUUACUCCGUGCGACUGCAUGGGAAUUAUAUGGAAGUGCCUCUCUUGCGAAAGUGAACGCACUUGUUUAUGCAACUUGCUUUGCUGAUGUUUCAAGUUCAUCUGAUGCAUCAUUAUCAUAUGUGAAGCUUAUCCAACAUCUAGCAGCUUUCAAAGGAUACAAAGGUCAGAUUAAAUGCUCGAAUGCCUUAAUAGAAUCUUAUGUAGAACAAGUUAAGAUUUAG